CUUUCUAACUUAGAUGUGUGCAACGGGCCGGCGCAGUUUCUCCCGAGCUGGCGCCACGUCUGUGCUGCAGCGUGUUGUUGUUGUUGUUGUGCUUUGGAUGAGGCGCAGAUCUGCAGCUCGGGCGCUCCCCGCUCUUUUGUUGCUCAGAGCCGCCGAUGCCCAUCGGUGCACGGAUCGACGUUUGCUAGCAAGAGCUAGCAUCCGAGCGAAAACUGCAUUUCCCAUCAAAACAAACACAACAUGAUACACGCGGAUGUGCCCGUCAGACUUAAAAUGUCACAGCUUGGCUUGACGUGGGUUGUAUUGACACUCGUGACUUUUUGUUUGCACUAAUAUUCCCAGAAACAGAGGGUUGAAUGAAGUUUGCAGCGUUUUGCGUCUUGAACACUCCCACAGUUCACUGACCGAUCCCACUUUGUGCAACCUGCAGCAGUUCAAACCUCGAGGAAAUGGUUCGAAUGGCUUCUCUUGUCAGGUGUUUCCCGCCGGGAAGUUACUGCGCUUCAUUCAGUUAUCUUCAGGGAAACUAUGAGAAUGAAUUGAUCAACACGCUGCAGCUCAUUGUGAUGGUGGAGGUUGUCAGUGGAGAGUGAGUGUGGUGCAUGGAGCUGUGGAAUGCAAACAGUGUUCAAGGCGGUGCUUUGCAAAUUGCAUCAGGAGCUGUUUACCACAGGCAAAUACACAUUUACCAAUAGAUCAUGCAAAAGAUACACGAGACACGCAUGAAAAGAAGCAGCGAUUAAAAUAUGUAUAAAGUGCUUGUUUUCAUAGUAACUGCUUGUGGGUUUGUGUGCAACAGUGCUACUGUGAGUGCAAUCGUCAUUUCUCUACCAGGGCACAUAGAUACUCAUUAUUGUGUGCUUUACUAAAAGUUCAUUAUAGUUAAGUUUUCUUUACCUGCCUUUAAUUUAACACAGUACAACACGCUUAACCAGACAUAUACUCGUCAUUACCUGCUAGAGAUAUGAUUUAUAAAUUGGCCAAUAAAAGCAGUUAAAUCUUGAAGGUUAAAUUACUUAUUGAAUUAUUUUGCUUUUAAUUGUUUUUUAAAGUCUGACUCUUUUUCCAUCCUCUUCUUUUGGUGAGGACCCAGAGUUUGUACAGACAUGUCUGUGCGGGAGUCCUUCAACCCCGAAAGCUAUGAGCUGGACAAGAACUUCAGACUCACACGCUUUGCUGAGCUCAAGGGCACAGGCUGCAAGGUGCCCCAAGAUGUUUUACAGAAGCUGCUAGAAACCCUACAGGAGAACCACUAUCAGGAGGAUGAACAGUUCCUGGGGGCAGUUAUGCCCCGAUUAGGCAUAGGCAUGGACACCUGUGUGAUACCCCUCAGACAUGGAGGCCUUUCUCUGGUCCAGACAACAGAUUACAUCUACCCCAUUGUGGAUGACCCGUACAUGAUGGGAAGAAUUGCCUGUGCCAAUGUUCUAAGUGACCUGUACGCCAUGGGAGUGACAGAGUGUGACAACAUGUUGAUGCUUUUAGGAGUCAGCAACAAAAUGUCAGAGAAGGAAAGAGACAAAGUCAUGCCACUGAUCAUUCAGGGAUUCAAGGAUGCGUCAGAGGAGGCAGGCACGUCUGUAACAGGAGGGCAAACGGUGCUCAACCCCUGGGUCGUGAUGGGAGGAGUCGCCACAACAGUCUGCCAGCCCAACGAAUUUAUCAUGCCAGACAAUGCAGUCCCAGGAGACGUGUUGGUGUUGACGAAGCCACUUGGAACGCAAGUUGCCGUUGCAGUACAUCAAUGGUUAGAUAUUCCUGAGAAGUGGAACAAAAUAAAACUGGUGGUAACUCAAGAAGAUGUAGAACUGGCUUAUCAUGAAGCCAUGAUGAACAUGGCUCGGCUCAACAGGACAGCGGCGGGUCUCAUGCACACCUUCAAUGCCCACGCAGCCACCGACAUCACAGGGUUUGGCAUCCUUGGCCAUGCCCAGACGUUGGCACGACAACAGCGAAGUGAAGUGUCGUUUGUCAUCCACAACCUCCCAGUGCUCGCCAAGAUGGCCGCUGUGUCCAAGGCCUGUGGGAACAUGUUUGGUCUCAUGCAUGGCACCUGCCCUGAAACAUCGGGAGGCCUGUUAAUCUGUCUGCCGCGGGAGCAGGCUGCUCGCUUCUGUGCCGAGAUCAAAUCACCAAAAUACGGAGAGGGCCACCAAGCGUGGAUCAUCGGGAUUGUAGAGAAAGGAAACCGCACUGCUCGCAUCAUUGACAAACCUCGGAUCAUAGAGGUGGCACCACAGGCCGCCACGCAGAAUGUCAACCCAACUCCCGGUGCAACCUCUUAAUCCUCCUCUGCUGAGUCAUAGACCGGAACCCAACAGCUCUGUUGAGUGAUUUUAGACACAUAAACUACAAAACCAUCCUAGAGUGUUGAAAUAUAUACACACAAUAGUACGUACACAGAAAAGACUGGGUUGGCGUGUAUCUACGUGGAAAAACUGCACCACACAGUGGCCGUGGGGAGCAUGUCACCACCCAUGGACUCAACCUGAAGUUAUACCCAUUAAGAAACAUUGGUAAGAAAUAGAGCGUACUUAAAAUCCAUAUGCCUUUUGUGUCUAUUGAAUUCUGUUUCGUUAAAUGUGCUUGAGUGGCAGGAAGCUUCUGGUGAGAGAGUGAUCAAGACGAUAAUCUGAUAAUGUUGGUUCAUUUUGAAUCUUAGGAAGUCUGGAGCCCGUUGCCUCUUUUUAAAAAUUGCUCUCUUCAAGGGACAUCAAGGUGAUGUGUUGGUGUUUUUGUUUGUCCAUUCACUUUGUACAGUUAAAAAAAGCCUAGUUUUAGUUCAUUGCUGUAACUGAUGCCUUGAAAGAGUGUGACCAGAAUGGUUUGUUUUUUAUUACUUUGACUUUUUGUAUUGUCCCCACAUAAACUAAUAAAUAAUAAAAUAGACAAUGUUUUGUUCUCGCUGUUUGGGAGUGGCAGUUCUGUGAAUAAACAAAUACAAGGUGACAUUAUCUACUUACUUACAUAGAGCUGCAGAUAGAUUUUUUUUUUUACAUGAACAGCAGAUUGUGCUCCACUUAGAUGAGUUCUGGUUUUAGGUCAAAGCUGAGAAAAUCUGCAAACUCUUAGGAGAUGAACCUUCUGCAUUCCUGAUAUCAGAUUUAAAAUUGUGCGACUGUUAUAAAGGAAAAGAGUUUUUCAGACAACAUGUGCUCGAAUCUGUGAAUCCGUUACCUUGGUUCAGGAUCCGUUGCAUUUAAUUUAGCACUCACUUGAAACAGAACUUUGUUUUGUUCAUCCUAAUUGCUGAGAUGAACCUCUGUAAAUGUUCAUGUGGAUAUCAUAAACCAGGUAUAACCUCCACCCCAGCUCUAAUAAUAAACUUCUCUUAUAACAUAGUG